GGCCUCAACGACUCGACUGCGCGACUUCAAAAUUCACCAAUAAGGCAUGGCGGGAGAUCAAUUUUCUACGGUUACAUUUUCCCGCUAAAACACUAACACAGUACUUCUCUCUCUUCUUCCUUAUUUACAGAUUACCAAAACCCUCACUCUUAAUUUUUUCUCCAUCCAAACAUAAUUCAAUUUUACAACUACACAAUGCCUUCAAUCGCAGCCCUCAAUUCGUCUCCCUACAAGGAUAUGGUGGCCGUCAUAUCGGAGAAGCCCAGCGAGAUCACUCCAUCCAAUGUUCAAUCAACCACACCUCAGAAGCGGAAGUUGAGAUCUAACGGACCGCUGGUCCAGGAGACCCCGGUCUCUUUACCGGUGAAGCGGAAAUCCCCUCGCCGAUGCUUUUAUUCCAGCCCUACUGCCCCUGAAAAUGAAAUUGAGAAGGAUUCUUGCCAACAACUAGAGAAAACUUGCAAUUCUCCGCCAAAGAAAUUGUAUGAUGAUUUCACAGAUAAACCAAAAUUAAAUCCUAGAGAUAUAGUUCAAAUGAGUGCAGUGAAAGAGGCUUUGCAUGUAUCAACUGCACCAUCUGUUGUUGUGUGCCGUGAAGAUGAGCAGAAAAAGAUUUUUGAUUUCUGCAAGGCAUGUAUACAACAGGAAAAGGCUGGAAGUUUAUACGUGUGUGGGUGCCCUGGGACUGGAAAGUCAUUAUCAAUGGAGAAAGUAAAGCAACAUUUGGUUGACUGGGCUAAAGAGUCAGGUUUACAGUCCCCAGAAGUGUUGAGCUUGAAUUGUACUUCUCUAACAAAAACAUCUGAAAUUUUCAACAAGAUAAUGGGUAAAAACAUCCCAAAAAGAAGAAUAAAUGGAUCUGCUUCACCUCUACAGCAUCUUCAAAAUUUUUAUUCUCAGCAGCAGCAAUCAUCUGGCUCAAACAUGAUGUUAAUAAUUGCUGAUGAGUUGGAUUACUUGAUCACUAAAGACCGGGGUGUCCUCCAUGACCUUUUCAUGCUUACAACUUUUCCUUUCUCUAGAUGUAUAUUAAUAGGCAUAGCAAAUGCCAUAGAUCUAGCAGAUCGCUUUCUUCCAAGACUUCAAUCAAUGAAUUGCAAACCCAUGGUUGUGACUUUUAGGGCCUAUUCAAAAGAUCAAAUCCUCAGAAUACUUAAGGAGAGGCUGAUGGCACUACCUUGUUCUGUUUUUCACCCGCAAGCAUUGGAGCUCUGUGCCAGAAAAGUUGCCGCUGCUUCUGGAGACAUGAGGAAAGCACUGUGCAUUUGCAGGAGCGCAAUUGAGAUUCUAGAAGCAGAAUUGAGAGAAUCUGCAAGCAAUCUGAAUUCAUCUGCAGUGGAGAACGAGUUGUUCCAUCCACAAACUGCUCCAGCUUGUGAAUUCUUUAAAAGACUAGAAUCCAGUAUAGUGGGAAUUGAUCAUAUGGCUGUUGCUUUGUCAAAAGCAUAUAAAUCACCUAUAGUGGACACCAUUCAAUCUCUUCCUCAGCAUCAGCAAAUAAUAUUAUGUGCUGCUGUGAAAUUUUUCCGAGGAGGAAAGAAAGAUACAGUCUUAGGAGAGCUGAACAAAUAUUACAUAGACAUAUGCAAGUCAACGAUGAUACCACCAGUUGGAAUUUUGGAAUUUUUGAGCAUGUGCCAAGUGUUAAAUGACCAGGGUCUUCUGAAGCUAGGUCAGUGUCGUGAUGAUAAAAUGAGAAGACUGACGCUAAAAAUAGAUGCAGCAGACAUCACAUUUGCAUUGCAGGGUGUCCGUUUCUUUCGAAAUUGUCUUCAAUGAUUCUAUUAAAGUAGAUGCAUUUGCUCUGGUUCAACUUGGAAUUUAAUAGCUUAUUCAUCAUUAAGUUUUCUGCCAAAUCCAGAUUAGAGCCGUCAGCAGCUUGACAAGUUUGAUGAAUGAAGACAAACAUAUGUAUUCUCAUAUGCCAAAAAAUAGAAGAGAAAUGGUUUCCGUGCAGAUUUCCCGAAGUGGGAAUCAUCUUCCAGUAACCGAUAGAGUUUUACCUAUAGCAUAUAAAAGCAAGAUUUAUUCAAACAUUAUUUGUAAUUAGUCCCUUUUUAAAUGUUAAUAAAAGGACUGGUUAUGUUCUGUGCCCUGUAAUUAUAAUAUGCAAUUGACAGGUUCUCUGAACCAAGCACUUGCAAAUAAAAAGGUAUGCGCGUGGUAGUAUUGUAUAGACUAGUGAUUAUCUAUUUAUCUAUGCCCAAAGCACAUUAACUGGUGUCCUGAAA